CGUGCGCGCCCGGAAGGGCUGGAAGGACGACACGCAACGCAACCCGUUCAUCGGUGACACGCCGGCUAGGACCCCCCAGUCGGCCCCCACCUCGCGACCGGGCACCGGCAAUGUAUUUCUCCGAAGCUCUACGGUCGCCUCUCAGCCCGCACCGAAUGCCUUCCCGAACAACAUGUUUCUCAGCGGCUCCAGAAGCUCCUCCCCACCCGCAGCGAAUCGCUUUCCCAACAACAUGUUCCUCAGUGACUCCGGGAGCGCCUCCCCACCCGCAACGAAUCGCUUUCCCAACAACAUGUUCCUCAGUGGCUCCGAGAGCUCCUCCCCACCCGCAGCGAAUCGCUUUCCCAACAACAUGUUCCUCAGUAGCUCCAGAAGCUCCGCCCCACCCGCAGCGGAUCGCUUUCCGAACAACAUGUUCCUCAGUGGCUCCGGAAGCACCUCCCCACCCGCAGCGAAUCGCUUUCCCAACAAUAUGUUCCUCAGCAGUUCCCAAAGCUCCUCCCCGCCGGCAGUGAAUAUCUACCCCAACAACAUGUUCCUCAGCGGAUCCAGCACCUCUUCCAGUACCUCUCAGGGCUCCUCCGUGCCAGCAGCAAACCGAUUUCCCAACAACAUGUUCCUCAGUGGCUCCGGAGGCUCCUCCCCACCCGCAGCGAAUCGCUUUCCAAACAACAUGUUUCUUAGCAGCUCUUCCGCUUCUUCCUCCUCGCUGAGUAGCUCUGAGAGCUCGUCCCGGGGUACAGAAAGACCCUACUCCGGUAGUGCAUCCUCUGUCCGACCAGGAAGGCUUCGGCCCGCAGCCGCCUCGGGCAGACGACCUGCUGUCACGAGAGCUCCUGCCACCACACGGCAAGAAAUCGCCACCAAACGACCCGUCACCACCAGACGGCUCGUUACCACCAAACGACCCGUCACCGCCAGGCGGCCCGUCACCACCAGACGACCCGUCACCACCAAACGACCCGUCACCACCAAACGGCCCGUCACCACCAGACGGCCCGUUACCACCAGACGACCCGUCACCACCAAACGACCCGUCACCACCAGACGGCCCGUUACCACCAGACGACCCGUCACCACCAAACGACCCGUCACCACCAGACGGCCCGUCACCACCAGACGACCCGUCUCCACCAAACGACCCGUCACCACCAAACGGCCCGUCACCACCAGACGGCCCGUUACCACCAGACGACCCGCCACCACCAAACGACCCGUCACCACCAGACGGCCCGUUACCACCAGACGGCCCGUCACCACCAGACGGCCCGUCACCACCAAACGAUCAGCCACCACCAAACCCCAUAACAUUUGGACACGGACCACUACGAAACGGCCCACUCGCCGACCAAAUACUGCCAAACCCACCACUCGCCGACCAUCCGGCAAAAGACCAGUCACCACUAAACGACCAACCACCACCAGGCGGCCGGUCACCACCAAACGACCCGUCACCGCCAGGCGACCUUUCACCACCAAACGAUCCGUCACCACCAGGCGACCCGUCACUACCAAGCGGUCCGUCACCAGAAGAAGACCUGUCACCACCAAACGACCCGUCACCACCAGGCGGCCCGGCACCACCAGGCGACCUGUCACCACCAAACGAUCCGUCGCCAGAAAACGACCCGUCACCACCAGGCGGCCCGUUAUCACCAGGCGGCCCGUCACCACCAAACGACCCGCCAACACCAGGCGUCCCGUCACCACCAGGCGACCUGGCACCACCAAACGAUCCGUCACCACCAGGCGGCCCGUUACCACCAAACGAUCAGCCACUGCCAAACCUCGUAACAUUUGGACACGGACCACCACGAAACGGCCUAUUCGCCGACCAAAUACUACUAAACCCACCACUCGCCGGCCAUCCGGCAAAAGAACAGCCACCACCAAACGACCAACCACCACCAGGCGCCCAUCCACCACCAAACACACCACUCGCCGACCACCGGCAAGGCGCACCACUCGCCGACCACCGGCAAGACGCAGCACUCGGGAGCCGGUCCCUAGAAGCGGCCCCGUCGCCUGGGGCGGCCGCGUCGCGCGCCAGUCCGGCGCCACGCAGCAGCCGGGCGCCGUGCACGCCUGGAGCACGCCCGCCACAACCUUCAGACCCUCCAUCUUCGACGAGAACGGUAACCUGAAGGCGACGGCGAGGGGCCGGCCCGCGUCAGUAGCCGGUUGAGGCUCACGAGGGUCGUCGUCAGCGGUCUUCAGCGUCGAUGCACCGUCCCUGUGGUGGUUCUUUAACUGGGCGUUAUUCUGUAGGUCGCUCAGUUUGUUUUAUGCUAUUAUGGACGACGUGAAGGUGUUACUUCACCUUGAAACGAAAAACGCUGGCGAAGGCACGUCUAUUGUACGUUCUGUUCGCGUAACCUGUCAGCUGUCAUAUCACUUGACGUUCAUGUUCGUGUUUUGUCCGAGAGAUGUCUUGCAUUUUUUCUUUGCGUUCCUGAUUGGCUGUUGUGUGCGAUGAGUUAAAGGGCGUGGUCAUCAGCAGAGGCCGAGAGACUAUCUCCAGAUCUCGUGAUAACCUGAUACAUAUCAUACUAUAACCAUGCUGGCCAUGGGUGCUCGUCCUGUUGAUCAGGAUAGUUUUAGUUGUUGAUGUUGCGGAAGACGCAGCCGAAAGGAGUCGGCACUGUUCACUAGCGUGAUUGAGCGUUGUGAACACAUACAUCGAAAGCCAUAUGGGUCGAACUGUUUCGGUCGCGGUGCAAUUGCGGAUGUAUUUUAAAUGUAAGUCGGCUGCUUGACAUGCAUCAUUCUACAUCCGCGGUGUAAGGGUUGUAACAAGGAGUUGCAUGGCUCUAGGACAUAACGAUGAUGGGAUGGUUGGUGGUGUUGUUAUCGGGAAUGUAUUCAGACAUUGGUGAUGCUUUUCCAUGAUUUACAAAUGCCGAUU